AUGCCAAGCCUGGAUGAGCUUCUUGUGGAAAUAGGGGACUUUGGACCGUUCCAGAGGAAAAUCUCCCUGCUGGGGUGUCUGCCUUUGUGCCUCUUUGCCCUUGUGCUGGUCGGCGUUGUGUUUCUAGGAAACACCCCGAAGCACUGGUGCCGGGCCCCCGGAGCAGAGCUGAUCCAGGAUCAGUGUGGCUGGUCAGAGGAGCAGCUGAGGGAGCUCACUGUGCCCCUGUCGGAGCAGGGCUCCUUCAGCAGCUGCCAGCGCUACCAUGUGGACUGGAACAGUUCUGAGAUCAGCUGUGGAGACCCUGCAGGCUGGCGUCCUGCAGCCAACUCCACACUGCUGGCUUCCUGUGACGGCGGCUGGGUGUUUGAGGGGUCCCACACCACCGUUGUCACCGAGUUUUCCUUGGUCUGUAAAGACUCCUGGCUUGCUGAUCUGAACCAAGCCUUCUUGACUGGAGGGUUUUUCAUUGGAGCCCUGGUCACUGGCUAUAUCGCAGAUAGAUUUGGCAGAAAGCUGUGCUUCAUCGUCUCCGUGUUGGGUCUCGGAGCCUCUGGAGUGGCCAUUAUUUUUUCCCCAAACUACCCCGUCCUCCUGCUCUUUCGGAGUCUUCAGGGAUUCUUCGGGAAGGGGGCAUGGACGGCUUGUUACGUACUAGUGAUUGAAUUCUUUGGGUCAAACAACCGGAAGUGUGUUUCUGUCAUAUCUCGAACCUUCUACUCCAUCGGCAUGGUUAUCCUUCCCGGCCUGGCCUACUUCAUCCACUCCUGGAAGAGCCUACAGCUGGCUAUGACCCUCCCUACCUUCCUCUUCCUCACCUACUACUGGAUUAUUCCAGAAUCUCCCCGCUGGCUGCUCUCCCGCCGAAAAACCACUGAGGCCUUCACCAUCAUAGAGGACAUUGCCAAGUACAAUGGGAAAGCCCUCCCACCAAACUACAGGGAGGGCGAUAUUUUGGAGGAGAAGCAAGAGGAGAUUAAUAACCCUUCCUUCAUGGAUUUAUUCAGAACCCGAAAUAUGAGAAAGCACACUCUCAUUUUAAUCUAUGCCUGGUUCACGAGCACUGUUGUUUUCCAAGGUCUUGUGCUGCGUCUGGGGAUCACGGGAGGCAAUGUUUUUCUUGAUUUCUUCAUCUCGGCUGUCGUGGAGCUGCCGACCGGCGUGAUAUUUUACCUGGCUGUGGACCGCAUGGGUCGGCGCCUCCUUAUGGCGACCACAAACUUUGUAGGCGGUCUCGCAUGCCUGGUGGUUCCCUUCAUUCCACAGGACUUUCUCUGGCUGAAGAAAUCAAUUGCGAUAAUUGGGAGGCUUGCCGUGGCGCUUGGGUUCGAGACGGUUAACUUUGCAAACACAGAGCUCUACCCUACACCUCUGAGAAACCUUGGAGUGUCCGUGUGCUCCUCGGCCAGUGACAUCGGAGGGAUCGUCGCCCCAUUUCUGCUGUUCCGGCUGGCCAGCAUAUGGCUGGAACUGCCUCUGUUAUUAUAUGGCGUUAUGUCUGUCCUCUACAGCGGGUUGGUCAUGCUUCUGCCAGAAAUGAGGGGAGUUGAUCUACCAGAGACUAUAGAGGAAAUAGAAUCUUUGAGGAGAUGA